CAGCUCCAUGUUGCGGCGCUGCGUGGCACUGGGCACCGACUGUCUCUGACUGCACCACACACACACACACACACACACACACAGGCACAUGUUGUCAACGGCCGCGACACUUGGCUCACUCUGCGGGUGAGAAGAAGCCGUCAGCCCGGUCACUGCUGCCUACUGCAGAGCGAGUCAGCGCCUUCUUAUACGACCCGUGAGAGUCGCAGCUGUGCGCGUCUCCUUCUGCCUCUACACUGGAUGCAGCCGCUCGGAUCGGUGCUGUUAACGCUUUUCCGGACCGAUUGGGAACGUGAAGACGAGUGGUCGAGUUCUUGGACCGUGGAGCCGCGCAGUGAGCGCUGCAGCAGCAGCAACAGCAGCAACAGCAGCAGACACUGUAUAGGAGCAACAGCAGCAGUAGCAGUAGCAGCAGCAGCAGAGGAGGCUCUGAUGUGAUGCCAAAGCUGGUCAGAAAAACAAAGGUUCAAGUCUGAAUCAGAGAACUGUUGGGUGUCCCCUCUGGAGAGGGAUCGGGACCGUGGUUCAGCACAGCGAAAUGUAGCACCUCGCUCACCCUGAAAGCCAGAUUUGGAGACCUACCUGCAUUCUAUUCAUGAUUUUCCUGUAGUGUGGUCCAGGGGCAUCUGCUGCAGUGAUGUUCAGGAACAGCUUGAAGAUGCUGCUGACGGGGGGCAAGGCCAACCGCAAGAGUCGCAGCAGUGAUGGUGGGAGCGAGGACUAUGCAGACCCCCGUUCGCCCAGUUUAGACCAUCACUUGAGCCAUGUCGGCCAAGGUGGCAGCAUAGACAGCGACUGUGCCUUUGAAGGAGACUACGCCGUGCCCCCACUCUCCAUGACCGAGGGCAUGCAGCACAUUCGCAUCAUGGAGGGCGUGUCACGCUCACUGCCCUCCUCCCCGCUGCUCACCCACCAGACCAUCAGUGUCAGGCUGCAGCCUGUGAAGAAGCUCACAGCCCCUCUGCGGAAAGCAAAGUUUGUGGAGAGCCCUCGCAUUCCACAAUCAGAGCUUGGCUCCCCUAAACACACCUCCACCACUGCCAAGAAUCCAGACCUGGACACAUACUGCCCUGGGGAGUCAAGCCGGGAGCUGGGCCCCCCUCCGUCGGUGGAUGAGGCAGCCAACACAUUGAUGACGCGCCUGGGUUUCCUUCUGGGAGACAAAGUGAGUGAGGGGCCAGCUGGUACCCAGUACAGCAUGGAGGAACCCGAGGCGAGACAGGGUCAGAACCAGAGGAUCAGCCCAAGCUCCACCCUAACCAGCAGCACUGCCUCCCCCCCUGCAGGCAGCCCCUGCUCCACCCUCCCCUCUGCCAUGCCUGGCCAGGCUGGCAACAAGGACUGUGCCUACGGUUCUGUCACCAGUCCCACAUCAACACUAGAGAGCAGGGACAGCGGGAUUAUCGCUACUCUCACCAGCUAUUCCGAAAACAUGGAGCGAGGCGGCAAAUAUGGCGAAGGCUCGCGAGCGAACCUCAAACUGUGGCAGUCCCAGAAAUCAGGCAUGGAUUCGUUCCUGUACAGGGUGGAUGAAAACAUGACCGCCUCAACCUACAGCCUCAACAAAAUCCCCGAGCGCAACCUGGAGAGCAUGUCCUCCCACUCUGCCCACUCCAUCCCACUGUACCUCAUGCCCCGCCCUAACUCUGUGGCUGCGACCAGCUCGGCCCACCUGGAGGACCUGGCAUACCUGGAUGAGCAGAGGCACACUCCAUUACGCACCUCGCUACGUAUGCCCAGACAGAGCACCACCUGCGGGCCAGGUCGCUGCGGGCAGGACAUGAGAGCUUCUGCAAAUAACACCCAUGCCUGGCAAUCCCAGUCACUACGUUUUGCUCCUUAUCGGCCUCAAGACAUUGCCCUCAAACCUCUGCUGUUCGAGGUGCCCAGCAUCACCAUGGACUCUGUCUUCACGGGCCGUGAGUGGCUCUUCCAGGAGAUCGACGCCCACCUCAACAGCCCCAACGUCAGCACCAACCGCGGCGUGGUAGUGGUCGGCAACAUCGGCUUCGGCAAGACGGCGAUCAUCUCGCGCCUGGUGGCUCUCAGCUGCCACGGCACACGCAUGAGACAGAUCGCCUCCGACAGCCCACAGGCCUCGCCCAAACAUGGUGAGGGGCUCCCUCUCACCCAGCCCCAGCCCACGCAUGGCACCCUGGGAGGAGGCAGCUGUCCAGGGACCCCGGAGAUGAGGCGACGUCAGGAAGAAUCCAUGAGGAGGCUGGCGUCUCAGGUGGUGGCGUAUCACUACUGCCAGGCCGACAACGCCUACACCUGCUUGGUGCCAGAGUUUGUGCACAAUGUGGCCGCUCUGCUGUGCCGCUCGCCACACCUCGUCGCGUACAGAGAGCAGCUGCUGAGGGAGCCACACCUGCAGAGCAUCCUGAGUCUGCGCUCCUGCGUGCAGGACCCACUGGCCUCCUUCAGGAGGGGAGUCUUAGAGCCACUGGAUGCACUUUACAAAGAGAGGAAGAUCAGCUCGGACGAGGAUCUCAUCAUCCUCAUUGACGGACUGAACGAGGCAGAGUUCCACAAGCCAGACUACGGAGACACCAUUGUGUCCUUCCUCUCCAAAACCAUCAAUAAGUUCCCUCACUGGCUCAAACUGGUGGUCACAGUGAGAACCACAUUACAGGAGAUCACCAAUGCACUGCCAUUCCACCGCAUCUCCCUGGACAGCCUUGAGGAAAACGAUGCCAUAGACCAGGACCUGCAGGGAUACAUCCUGCACCGCAUCCACAGCAGCCCAGAGAUCCAGAACAACAUCUCGCUCAACGGCAAGAUGGACAACACCACCUUCGGCAAGCUCAGCGCCCACCUCAAGGCCCUGAGUCAGGGCUCCUAUCUGUACCUCAAACUCACCUUCGACCUCAUCGAGAAGGGCUACCUUGUCCUCAAAAGCUCCAGCUAUAAGGUGGUUCCAGUCAACCUCGCGGAGGUUUACCUGCUACAGUGCAACAUGCGCUUCCCCACGCAGUCGUCGUUCGAGCGGGCGCUGCCUCUGCUCAACGUGGCCGUGGCCUCGCUUCAUCCGCUGACUGAUGAGCAGAUAUAUCAGGCCAUCAACUCUGGUUCACUUGAGGGCACGCUGGACUGGGAGGAUUUCCAGCAACGUGUAGACAACCUGUCAGUCUUCCUGGUGAAGAGGAGGGAUGGCACCAGGAUGUUUGUCCACCCCUCCUUCAGGGAGUGGCUCAUCUGGAGAGAAGAAGGAGAGAAGACAAAGUUUCUCUGUGAUCCCAGGAGCGGUCACACCCUACUGGCCUUCUGGUUUUCUCGGCAGGAGAACAAGCUGAAUAGACAGCAGACUAUUGAACUGGGCCAUCACAUCCUCAAAGCACAUAUCUUUAAGGGUCUCAGCAAGAAAGUUGGGGUUUCCUCAUCCAUCUUGCAAGGUCUGUGGGUCUCAUACAGCACAGAGGGCCUUUCAGCUGCACUUUCUUCACUCCGAAACCUCUACACUCCCAACAUCAAGGUGAGUCGGUUACUGAUGAUGGGCGGUGCCAAUGUGAACUACCGAACAGAGGUGCUGAACAAUGCCCCCGUCCUAUGUGUCCACUCACACCUGGGCUACAUGGACAUGGUGGCUCUGCUGCUCGAGUUCGGCGCCUCCGUCGACGCCCCGUCUGAAAGCGGCCUCACGCCGCUGGGUUACGCUGCCGCCGGGGGACACAUGGCCAUCGUCACUGCGCUUUGCCGCAGGAGAGCAAAGGUAGACCACCUGGAUAAGAAUGGCCAGUGCGCUUUGGUCCAUGCGGCACUGAGGGGCCAUAUGGAAGUGGUGAAGUUCCUGAUCCAGUGUGACUGGUGCAUGGCACCACAGGAGCAACAGCAGUCACCACAGACACAACAACAGGCGGCUUUCACCAAGAGCCACGCAGUCCAGCAGGCUCUCAUCGCUGCAGCCAGUAUGGGAUACACAGAGAUCGUGUCCUACCUGCUGGACCUGCCUGAGAAAGAUGAAGAGGAGGUAGAGAGGGCUCAAAUCAAUAACUUUGACACCCUGUGGGGGGAGACAGCUCUGACUGCAGCCUCUGGUCGGGGGAAGCUGGAGGUGUGUCGUCUGUUACUGGAGCAGGGUGCAGCAGUGGCCCAGUCCAACAGACGUGGCAUUGUCCCGCUGUUCAGUGCCGUUCGACAGGGACACUGGCAGAUCGUAGACCUCCUCCUCACACACGGGGCAGAUGUCAACUUAGCUGACAAGCAGGGUCGAACCCCACUGAUGAUGGCUGCCUCAGAGGGACACCUGGGAACGGUGGAGUUUUUACUGGCUCAAGGAGCCUCUCUGUCUCUGAUGGAUAAGGAAGGUCUGACCGCUCUGAGCUGGGCCUGUCUCAAAGGCCAUUUACCCGUGGUUCGCUACCUGGUAGAGAGCGGAGCUGCCACCGACCACGCGGACAAGAACGGACGCACACCCCUCGACCUGGCGGCUUUCUAUGGCGAUUCUGAAGUGGUCCAGUUCUUGGUUGACCACGGGGCCAUGAUAGAGCAUGUAGACUACAGCGGCAUGCGUCCUCUCGACAGAGCGGUGGGCUGCAGAAACACGUCGGUGGUGGUCGCCUUACUCAAGAAGGGAGCCAAGAUAGGAUGUCAGACGCUGCCCAGUCGGCCCCGAGGUCCUGCCACAUGGGCCAUGGCCACCUCCAAACCCGACAUCAUGAUCAUCUUACUCAGCAAACUCAUCGAGGAGGGGGACGGCUUCUACAAGAAGGGGAAGGUGAAGGAGGCAGCACAGCGUUAUCAGUACGCCCUCAAAAAGUUUCCACGCGAAGGCUUCAGCGAGGACCUCAAGACAUUCAGGGAACUAAAAGUAUCGAUUUUCCUCAACCUGUCCCGAUGUCGAAGGAAAAUGAACGACUUUGGGAUGGCUGAGGAAUUUGCUACGAAGGCACUUGAACUGAAACCAAAAUCCUAUGAAGCAUAUUAUGCCAGGGCACGCGCCAAGCGUAGCAGCAGACAAUUUCCUGAAGCCUUAGAGGACUUGAAUGAAGCCAUAAAGCAGUGUCCCAACAACCGAGAGAUCCAGCGGUUGCUCCAGAGGGUGGAGGAGGAGUGUCACCAGCUCAACCAGGAGGACCACCAGCAGCAGGACCUGGAACUGGAGCCUCCUCCGUCCCCUCCUCCUACACCUCCCCCAGAAGAGGAGGAGUCCCUGUCCUUGUCUAUGCCUCUUCCUCCUCCCCCAGAGCCCCGUCUGGAAGACAUGGAGCCUGUCCAGGACCUGUUUGAGGAUGAGGACUACCUGGAGCAGGAAUUAGAGGCUAUGUCUAUGGGUCUGCCUCCACCUGAUUCUCUCACCAAUCCUUCCAGCCUUCCUAUAAUUCAGAGUCCACCACUGUCCCCUACACAUCAUGAUCAAAUAUAUUUAACUGGAGGUUCGCCCAUGGGCCAGCCCUAUGAAUAUCACCCCACCUCGUCCUCAAUGUCAUCUCCAACACGCGGGACAUACCAGACCACGUCGCCCUCUUUAUCCCCAACGCAUCAAAACUCCCACUACCGACACAGUCCAACUCACACCUCCCCAGUGCAUCAGCCGUCUUACCGCUUCAGUCCGCCUCCUAUGGGUACUGGGGGUCAGGGGAUGGAUCACCAAAGCCCCCCGCCUUCCCCUUUACGUCGAGCUGCUCAGUACAGAUCUAGUCCUCCUGUAGAGAGUGUUUGUCUCUACAGGUCCCAGUCUGGGUCACCUGUUCGCUACCAGACAGAGCAGCUCCCUGGCCGACCCAAAUCUCCCCUCUCGAAGAUGAGCAGCCAGCGCUCAUUCCAACUGAGCUCUCAGCCGUCUUUGUCCUCCCAGCACCACCAAGCUCAAGGCCUUCGUCUGCAGCCCUCUAUAGCCCAAAUAGUCCGCACAAAUCAGCCCAGCAAUGUGAUGGGCAACAGCAGCUAUGGUGGCCAGAUGGGCCACUCCAUGGGUGGGCGCUACCAAGGGGGUUCAGUGGAUGUGGAAAGCCGACUGGUAUACCAGCCUUCGCUGGAUGGACGGUCCAUGCCUCAGGUCCAGGCCAGCCUCAGCUCUGGGGCCCUCUGUCAGCACGGCGGCCGAGGAGGGGUUAUGGAGUCGAGCCUGUUGAAGGAAGAACUACCCCAGCGCCCCUCCUCUGCCUACCGCGCCAGCAGUGGUGGCCCAGGGGGCAUCCGUUACAGCCAGACACCUCAGAUAAGCCGCAGCCAGUCAGCUGCCUACUAUCCAGUCUCUGAACAUGUACUAGAACGUGCAAAUGCCAUGCCCCCCUGUCAGCUGGGAUCUCCUGAAAUCUCCCAUAUGGUGAGACGUCCCGUCAGUGCCAAUACAACUGAGCUGAAGCAGCAUGUGCCCACCCCCAGGCCUCUCAUUCAUUCUCAGAGUGUAGGCCUUCGAUUCUCCCCCUCGAGCAACAACAUCUCGACAGGAUCCACCUCGAAUUUGGCGCCAGGUUUCAGGCCUUCCUCUUCCAUUCAGCAGAUGGAAAUUCCCCUGCAAGCCACAUACGAGCGCAGCUGUGAUGACAUCUCUCCCAUUUCUCCCUCGCAGGGUGGUGGGGGCCUUUAUCCAGGCGAGGCCACCCGCUCUCGAAACACACCCUUCAUGGGCAUCAUUGAUAAGACAGCGCGGACUCAGCAGUACCUGCAUCAGCCCUCACGAUCCAGGGCCAUGACGUCCAUGGACUCUGCAAUUAGCCCCACCUCACCUGGCCAGCUGGUCCAGCAAGGCUCCACCUACAGUCCACCAGCCUCACUGGGCAAUAUAGCCUACUACAACAAAACCAAUAAUGCCCAAAAUGGACACCUGUUGGAAGAGGACUACUACACCCAGCCCCAGCCCCCCUCCCUGGGUAAACUGGCUAAUGGCUCCCGUGGCAGUGGUGACAUCCUGGAGCGGGUCAGCCAGGUGCCAACCUACCCGGAUGUCAAGGUGGCCAGGACUCUGCCCGUGGCACAGGCCUACCAGGACAACAUGUACCGCCAGCUCUCACGUGACUCCCGCACCCAAGGUCCCACCUCCCCCAUCAAACCAAAGAGACCGUUUGUGGAAUCAAAUGUGUAAUGGGCCUGUCUGUGACUGGUUGGUCAGACUGGGCUUGUUGGAGGCAGUAAGAGGAGAAAAACAGUUGGCUGAACAGCAGACGCUGCUGAUUGUCGUAUGGACAAACCUGUCUCAAAGAACUCAUGUGAGACAAAUCCAGUCUGAGAGAAAACCACACAGCUGGCACACACACACACACAUAGGGUAUCAGACAUUAACUUAUGUGGAAAAACACAACAGUCAAGCGAUUAUUUCAUUCUCAUACUCUGCACACAGGUAGGUUAACAGGAAUGUCCUAAAUUCAAAGACCCGUGCACUUCCAAAAUGUUGUGUGGCACAAAGUUCCUACAUGUGAACACAACAGGUGGGACUGUAAGAGUGAAAGUACUAAUAAUUUGACUCCACUUGUGGACACUCUAUCCAUCCUCUGUUCUUUCAAAGUAAAGUGUGCUCUUCAGCAAGGUUGCUCGUAGGCUCUAUUCUAUGUAAUACAAUAUUAUAUGUUCAAUACUGUACAUUGCUCAGAAAAUACAAAUGGCUCAACAACUCAGUACUUAUAGAAAAAUGACAAUAUUUAUAAUUAAGUUAUAUAUUGUACAUAGGAAUAAAAACAAAACAUAGUUUGCAUUAGAAUUAUAUUCUGUUAAUCCUGCCUUUGUGUCCCACUGCUAGUCAUAUGAAUGUGGAAAUGCAAGCAGGAUAAGGAAGGAGGGACACAGGCCAACUUUGAAUGAUAUUGUUACCUCCAUUCUGUCAAAAUAAAAGUUUGUGGUGUGGUUGGAUUUAAGAGGAUGCUUUUUAUACAGCGAUGUGUCUUUACUGUAAACUAAUGCUGCAACUAACAGUUUUCAUUCUCUAUUCAUUUGCAGAUUAUUUUUUAUUGUUUUGUUUUUUUUGUGCUACAGAAAACACGCCCAAUGUAAUUCUCAGAAACCCGAGGCAACCUCUUCAAACAUCAACCAAAACCCAUCAAAGCUAGAGCCAGUGAAUAUUUAUUUUUGCUACAAAAUAAUUUAUAAAUUAUAAGAAAAAUAUUUAUAAAUGAUGAAACUGCAAUUCAUUUCCCGUCAAUUGGUCGAUCAACCUGUUUUUUUCUGUUCUGAAUUAGAAAACACAGACAGAAUCAAAUGUAACCAGAAUAUUAGAUAACAGUAGAUAUAAAACUCUGAUAAUAACAAAAUAACAAUGCAGUUAUUGCACACUCCUAUAAUUGCAUCAGUGUUUUGCGUUUAUUGAUUUUUAUUUUAUUUUUUAAAUGAGUCACAUCACCUGAUUUCUGAGGUUGAGAGUGAGAUUUUUCUUUUUAGUAUCCUUACUGUGUUGGGGCUGCAGACCUCAUGGAGCACUUGCUUGGUCACUUGCUUAUUUAAACAAGUAGAGCAUUAAUUCCUGUAGUUUUGUACAAGCAUUUUGUAUUUCAGAACUUCUAAAUCUUGAUUUAAGGACAGGUUGCUGUAUUAGACAUUAAUGGGUGCAAUAAGUGUGUUUUAUAGUUUGAAUCAUUGGUAAAAAAAAACAAAAAUAACAAAGAUUUUUCUUUGAUCAUCUUGAGAUGAUUUUUUAUCACAUGGCACAUCAGCACCAGAGUUUGCCUUUGUCCCUCCUCAGUACAUGACGACACUGUAUUUUCAUUCAAAAAAGAGUAGAUGGUACAACAGAACAUAUUGCUAGUGAUUGGUUGACAUGGGUCGUGCUCAGCGACUAAAAGCAAGCAAAUGCAUACAUGGCCACUGCUCCAGAUGUUUCCCCUUAGUCCUGCAUUUCUUUUUACCCAUGAUGCAUUUUUAUUCCACCACAUCUGCACUAAAAAUGCCUGUUAAGUUCUUAACUAAGGGUGCACUUUAUGUAAUUUACUUACCGUGUUGUUAUGAUUGUUGAAUUCGGAUAAACUGGGUGUGCGAUGGGUCAGACCUGAUGAUCGCAGACUAUCACAGACACUAUCAUUAUAUGAUUUACAAAGCAGUGAUGAGUGACAAUAUGAAGAGCAAAACAAAUGUUUUUAAAAAUGGAGAACAUGUAUAGACUUUCUAGCACAAGUUGUACAUACUGGCUCAGAUAAUCCACUCCGUCCAGCUCUGGUUCCUUAGUUGAGCAAGUAUGUUUGAAAAGACCCAUUAUAUUUAAGUAUUAAUUUAAAAAAAUAUAUAUAUAUCAAGAGUGAGCCAGUCUAAUCCACUGGUCCUGCACACACCUUGAACAUUAGUCAAAUCCACUGCAAAAAAAUAAUAUAUACAGCAUAUGUAUGACUGAUAUUUCAGUACCCAUAAUCUCCAUAUUUGGAGUUUGCCUGAAAAGUGGAAUAAAGACAAUAUUCAAGUUAUUUGUAUAUGUGCGAAAAGUUAUAGACCAUUUGUCUGUAACAUUUUAUUUUGGUUGUGGAUAAAAAAAAAAGAGAGUUCCUCUAAACUGUGUCCUGUUCAUCCUCAGUUUCACCUGCUACAAGAGAAUUGCCCUACUUAUCUUUACAGAAAUGAAGGUUUUACCUGUAAGAUACUUGAUAUAAACAAGACUUCUAAGUUAAGGAUAUUUGAGGGUGUAUGGUUUUCAAGCUGUGUGUGUAUAUUAGUUUGCUGUAAAUAGUCUGAUGCAUGUUCUAUUCUUUCCAUAAGCUCAAGCAGAAACAUGUAUAGCAGUGUCCUGGCUCUGGUGUAUGAUAACAGUGUUUGGAUCAAGAUAAGGAGACUGCUGUCCCUAAACUAUCCUUAUCAUUUUCCUUCAACCUCACCAGACGAAAGGGAAAAAUGUUCUUUUAUUUUAUUUUAAUGUAUUUGCUUGCUGAGCAGAGUUCUGUUGUCUGUAAAUGUGAGCUUUCAGAUCGCUGUGAUAAAACGUUUAAUUAAAAACAAUAAAAAGACUGUGUUUUUA